AUAAGCAUCAAUUAUGGUAUUGUUAAUGACAAUAAAAUAAAUUAAUAAUAAAUCUGGGGGGAAAUUGACCAAUUUCAGACUUUCAGAUUAAUCAAGUUCUUUUCAGCUCCAUUUAUUCACACUGUAUAUUGGCAUGACCCUGUCCAACAUUAUGUUGGGGACAUGCCUGUUCUCAAUGGUGUGUGUUAUUGGUGUAAAAUGCUGAUACACCAACAACUGUGAUGGACAGUAUAUCGGCUGUUGUUAGUUUAAUGAUUUAAAUUUCCAACACUAUAAACUAUAAAACCACACAGGCGUUGCCUGCCAAUAUAGACUGCAUUGCCCUGCUAGGCACAGAGGCCAUCUGCAAGGGUGUCAACGCCACUUUGAAAACCUAAAUUACAUUUUUAAGGACAAAUAACCUCUUGUGUGUGUGUGUGUGUGUGUGUGUGUGUUUUUUUUUUUUUUUUAACCAAAGGUAGACUGUGUAGUAUUUCAUGCAGUAGGUCACCAAACUGUGAACUGCCUCACAGGAAGCAAAAAAAGCUAUAGAGAAUAUUGUUGGAUGAUUUCAAGCACAUCCCCACACACAAACACGUAAAAAUGAACAAUGUUAUUAAACUGGCCUCACAUUUCCACCUGGUUUCAUGUCGACAAGUAUAUCCUCAUUGAACUUUGAAGCAAAUCAUAUGCCACAAUGUCUCACAAAGAGAGACAAGAAAUAACAUUUAGGCACUUUUAUUUACUUUGGUCAAGAAGGCAAUUAACAACGGACAUUUAACACGAUUCACAGCGAACCGGUAACCGGAUUUUUUUUAAGUAGACUGGUGUGGGCUGUAACUUUUUGUUGUAUCGUUAUCAUAAAAAAAAAUAACAAAGACACUUACCAUUAGAAACAAACAAUUGACUACUUUACACCACUCUACGUUUUAAAGUAAGGCAUUCAGGACAUGUUGCAUAAUUAACUGCCAAUAUAUAUUUGGCUAUUUGUUAAAUUGUCCGACGCAACAGAACGUAGGCUAAGUAAUCUAAACUUUUACACAUCGUCCUAAACUGCUUUAAUUGAGUGCCUACUCACAGAACAGCGUGUGGGAUCCUCGUAUUCUGUGCGGAAAGAACAGCGACAUCCAACACGUUAGGCGUAUGAUCUGUGAUAUGGCAUUAAUCUGCUAUAAAGAAAUUAUCAGAAUAAAAAAAAAUAAGAUAAGGAAGUAACUUGAUAGGCUCUUUUCUAUCAAAGAAAUCCGCAUCCCAGAACUUGAGUUCCCGCAGGGGGCGCUAUGUGUCUUUCAAAGCUCUAAAGUAGCCGUGUCUAUCUGACUUUCCCGAGUAUGGCUAUUGAGUUAAGGCCAGCAGCUUUCACAGCUAGUUGCAGGGGUGUAACCACUAGAAAGACUGACGCUUUAACUCCUCCUCUGUGCCCCGCUUUCUCCCUCUUUCACUCGUUCGUUGGCUCGCCUCAACGGCAUUUCAUUCCAAUGCGGGCGCAGAGCGGAGCACAAGCGUCUCUUCAGUCGUGCUGACAAUUCGCUCAGGGAAUUACGGUGUCUCAGCAAAGACGGUGUUACAAGGAGACAACACAUGCAAAUGUUUCAUGCAUGUAAGUGCGUUUCGGACUACAAUGCGAAGCUGAUUAAAUGAAGAUGCGGAAGAUAUGAAUCCUUAAAUAUUUCUCCUUGAAACUUUUGACAUUUUCUGGAGAAUUCCGUUGGAAUGGACUACACAGACACGUUCUAUUUUCACAGAUUAGAUAUGAAUAAAACUUGAAUAGGGCAAACGGCGCUGUUUAGGGUGGAACUCCGUCAGUUGCCAAAUGCGAAGUAGCCUAACGGGUGAACGACUUUCGUUCGUCCCCUUUCUGCUGGAGAAGAAACCGUGCGAAGCCCAUUCUCUCCAAGAAGGAGGAAUUGGAUAUACGCGUCUUUUUUCAUGCUAACUUGUGCUGGUUCAUACAUUCCACUCAUUUAGUGUUUUGUUAUAUGGAGAUAACCUCUAUCCUGAGAUUUUGAAGUUGCGGGACUUACACGGGGUCCACGGGAGUUGGAGCUUUCAGGAUUACUCUCUAUUCUCUAGGCGCAUUUUCAUGUCAACGUUGUCUGCUGUGUGACAAUGGAUUAUUUGCUGUUUUUAUGCAGCUUCUUGCUGCCACUGACGUCAGCUGUUGAAGAGACUCUGAUGGACACCAAGUGGGCCACUACGGAGCUGGCCUGGACCGCACACCCGGAGACUGGGUGGGAGGAGGUGAGUGGCUAUGACGACUCCAUGAACCCGAUCCGGACGUACCAGGUGUGCAACGUGCGCGAGCUGAACCAGAACAACUGGCUGCGGAGCGACUUCAUCCCGCGCAAAGACGUGCUGCGCACCUACGUGGAGAUGAAGUUCACCGUGCGAGACUGCAACAGCAUCCCCAACAUUCCCGGCUCCUGCAAAGAGACCUUCAACCUCUUCUACUACGAGGCCGACUCCGACUCGGCCACCGCCACCAGUCCCUUCUGGAUGGAGAACCCUUACGUGAAGGUGGACACCAUCGCACCGGACGAGAGCUUCUCCAAGCUGGACUUAGGCAAGGUCAACACGAAGGUCCGCAGCUUCGGUCCGCUGUCCAAGUCCGGCUUCUACCUGGCCUUCCAGGACCUGGGCGCCUGCAUGUCUCUCAUCUCGGUCCGAGUUUUCUACAAAAAGUGCUCCACCACCAUCGCCAACUUCGCCGUUUUCCCUGAGACGGCCACGGGUGCUGAGGCCACCUCGCUGGUCAUCGCCCCUGGCAACUGCGUGCCCAACGCCGUGGAGGUGUCCGUCCCUCUCAAGCUCUACUGCAACGGGGACGGCGAGUGGAUGGUUCCGGUCGGCUCCUGCACCUGUGCCUCCGGCUUCGAACCCGCCAUGAAAGAUACCCAGUGCCAAGCCUGCAGCCCAGGUACGUUCAAGUCCAAGCAGGGGGAGGGCUUCUGCUCGCCAUGCCCCCCAAACAGCCUGACCAGCUCCACGGCCGCCGGCGUGUGCUCCUGCCGCAACGGCUAUUACCGCGGCGACAGCGACUCUCCCGAAACCGCCUGCACCACGGUCCCAUCGUCCCCGCGGAGCGUCAUCUCGAGUGUGAACGAGACGUCGCUGGUCCUGGAGUGGAGCGAGCCCCGGGACUCCGGCGGCCGCGAGGACGUGUUCUAUAACGUCAUCUGCAAGAAGUGCCACCCGGAGCGCGGCAGCUGCUCGCGCUGCGACAACAACGUGGACAUCACCCCGCACUACCUCGGCCUCACGCAGCGCCGCGUCACCGUCCGCAACCUGCAGGCGCACACGCAGUACAGCUUCGAGAUCCAGGCGGCCAACGGCGUCACCGCCAAGAGCCCGUACGCCCCGCAGUCCUCGGCCGUCAACAUCACCACCAACCAAGCAGCCCCCAGUGCAGUACCCACCGUCCACCUGAUGGCGGCGUCCUCCACCACCAUGAGCCUGUCCUGGCUGCCCCCGGAGAAGCCCAAUGGCAUCAUUCUGGAUUACGAGAUUAAGUACCAUGAGAAGGACCAGGGCGAGGCCAUCGCCCACACCAUGACGGCCCAGCGCAGCUCUGCCCGCAUCGAGGGCCUGAAGCCCGGGACGCCCUACGUGGUGCAGGUGCGCGCCCGCACCGUGGCCGGCUACGGGCGCUACAGCAGCCCCGCCGACUUCAGCACCAACAUGCAGGGUGACCCAGAGAAGUCUCUGCAGCAGCUGCCACUCAUCAUCGGCUCGGCAACAGCAGGCCUGGUCUUCAUCAUCGCUGUGGUGGUCAUCGCCAUCGUCUGCCUCAAGAAACAGCGGCACGGCUCGGAGUCAGAAUACACUGAGAAACUGCAGCAGUACAAAUCCCCCAUAGUAACCCCGGGAACCAAGGUGUAUAUUGACCCGUUCACCUACGAGGACCCCAACGAAGCGGUGCGGGAGUUUGCCAAAGAAAUUGACAUCUCUUGCGUGAAGAUCGAGGAGGUCAUCGGCGCAGGUAACCAACAGCACAAGCUGCUGAGCAACAGGGGGAGGACAGCUAGGCAUACCACCCAGGCCAUACCGUUAGAGGACUUCACAGCAAGCGGAGAGUUUGGGGAGGUGUGCCGCGGCCGUCUCAAGCUGCCUGGCCGGAGGGAGAUCAUCGUGGCCAUCAAGACUCUGAAGGUGGGCUACACCGAGCGCCAGAGGCGGGACUUCCUGUCCGAGGCCAGCAUCAUGGGCCAGUUCGACCACCCCAACAUCAUUCGCCUGGAGGGCGUGGUCACCAAGAGCCGGCCCGUCAUGAUCGUCACGGAGUUCAUGGAGAACGGCGCCCUUGAUUCUUUCCUAAGGCUCAACGACGGGCAGUUCACGGUCAUCCAGCUGGUGGGGAUGCUGAGAGGCAUCGCAGCUGGCAUGAAGUACCUGUCGGACAUGAACUACGUUCAUCGUGACCUGGCGGCCCGCAACAUCCUGGUCAACAGCAACCUGGUGUGCAAGGUGUCCGACUUUGGGUUGUCACGGUUCCUGGAGGAUGACCCCAACGACCCCACCUACACAAGUUCACUGGGAGGCAAGAUUCCGAUCCGAUGGACGGCCCCUGAGGCUAUCGCCUACAGGAAGUUCACCUCAGCCAGCGACGUGUGGAGCUACGGCAUCGUCAUGUGGGAAGUGAUGUCAUACGGUGAACGUCCAUACUGGGACAUGAGUAACCAGGAUGUGAUUAAUGCUGUGGAGCAGGACUACCGGCUGCCCCCGCCCAUGGACUGCCCCACGGCCCUGCACCAGCUCAUGCUGGACUGCUGGGUGAAGGAGAGGAAUCUGCGGCCCAAGUUCGCCCAGAUCGUCAACACGCUGGACAAGCUCAUCCGCAACGCCGCCAGCCUUAAGGUGGUGACCAGCACGCAGUCGGGGGCGUCGCAGCCCCUCCUCGACCGCUGUGUGCCCGACUACACAACUUUCACUACUGUGGGCGACUGGCUGGACGCCAUCAAGAUGAGCCGAUACUGUGACAACUUCCUCAACGCUGGUUUCGCCUCCUUCGACCUUGUCGCGCAGAUGACGGCUGAGGACCUCCUGAGGAUAGGCGUGACGUUGGCCGGCCACCAGAAGAAGAUUCUGGGCAGCAUUCAGGAUAUGAGACUCCAGAUGAACCAAACACUGCCGGUGCAAGUCUGAGCCAGAAGUGGGCGGGACUGUGCCAGAUAGAGAGCCAAUGGAAAACCCCAGCUGCCUGACCAUCUGCCAAUCAGAUAACAAAAACUGGCUCGCAGUGCCUCAGACAACUUUUUCUCUCAAAACCCUCCACCCUCCCCACCACUACCACCACCACCACUACCACCACCACACCCCAUUUCUGUUGAUUUAACUCCAUUUUCCACCUGACGAAGACAUUUAUGAGAAUGUUUUUCGAAAAGAGAAACCCAUAUCCCGUGCGUGCUGCAUGCUCGCGUGGUUCCCUUUCUUAUUUGGUUUUUGUUUGUUGUGUGAGGAUGGGCGAGGACCUCCACACUUCCCCCCCUCCAAGCCGAGUGCUUCCGUGUGAAAAGCCCAUCUCCUCUCGCCGGACAGAAUACACUCCUGAUGGACACAACAGACGCAGGAGACUUGAGACUUUUGGGGAAGGGAGAAACGAACGGUCAUUGGGAAAUGUGAGCAUGGUGUGUGUGUGCAGAAAAAAAAAAAGCAAAAACAAAGGUUUAGGUUGCAAGAGGACAGCAGAAGAAUCCCUCCCAUUUUAGCAAUUGUUUCUGUGUGUGUGUGUGUGUGUGUGUGUGGAUGUGGAUGUUUGUGUGCGAGUUUAUUUCCCCAUCUUCAUAUUGAAGGUGUUAUACAUAAAGGCCACUCGCCUAGGAAGGCUCAGAGGGCGCCGAGGCUGAGGUGAAAGUUGAAAGUUGAAAGGUUAAAGGUGAUAGGUGAUGGAUAGAGUUGAGCGAAAGCUAAAGAAAGGUGUUGUCCACCAAGAAGCAGAGGACUUGGUGAGCUCAGGAGAUUGCGUAGUUUUAGGACGGUAGGAUAAUCAGCUGAGUUUCUCUUACUUUUUUUUAAUUGUUUUGUUGUUCAGAUGGUCAUGUUAUGUUAUGUUCUGCUCUCUGAUUUGUGAAUAUGCUGAUGUUGGUGUUUAAAGUCAGCUGGUCGGAACCUCAGUGCAACCGGGUGGGAGCGAGGCGAGACCAGGUCAAUGGCUAGACUACACAGACAGACUGGCCUUCUUUAGUCCGUGUGUGUGUCUGCGUCAGUGCAUGCAAGUUCAUGUAAAUGUGUGUGUGUGUGUGUGUGUGUGUGUGUGUGUGUGUGUGUGUGACAGUGAGAGAGUAGAAGAGUUAGUGUGCAAGAGUGUGUGUACACAGUUGUGGUAGGAGUGUAAGGAUUUGCACACAAAUACUGUACAAUAUAGCUUCAGCUAUGCGUCACUAUGGAGAUAUAGCGCAUGAACUGAAUUCAAAGGAGAAAUUAUAUCUCAAACAAUUAUAUUCUGUGGACAAUUGUUAACAUUUUUUAUUGAAUCAAAGUCAAAAUGAUAGCGGAUAUAUAUGUAUAUAUCCAGAGACUAAGAAUAACCACAAAACAACUUUUUUGACUUUUACAUGGAUUUACAAAUAAUCAUUUCGGUUUAACCUUCUUCCAUAAUGUAUUUAUUUUUCCACAUCCGGACAAAAGGCCAAGAGAGCUGUGGACUGUAGCCAAGAGGAGAGACAAUGCAGGAAACUGCCAACAAAUUGACAUGGACUUUAAAUUGGAUAUUGUAUUUGUUGUUGUUCUAAACAGCCUGUAAAUGUUUUGUAACAAAAGAAUCAUAAACCUCCUGAGAAAAGAAACCGAAAGACCGGAGGGUGUGUGAAGGGUGUGUUCAUGGCGUACGGGUGCUUGUGUGAAGGGUGUGUUCAUGGCGUACGGGCGCUUGUGUGAAGGGUGCGUUCAUGGUGUACGGGUGCUUGUGUGUUGAGGAGGAGGAUCCUGAGAGAAACACACACGCAAAAAGGAUGCAAGACGUUAAGUCUGCAACGUCCCCUUUUCUCCACAGCCUUAGACAUCUCUAUGCUACACUCACCAGUAUGAACAGCAUGGCAACACAACACACCCAGGGAGAAGUACCAGUCUACUCAUAGAUAAUGUUCAUGAUGGUCUAACCCCUGAAACACACCCUCCGAGUGUAUGUGUGUCUCUGUGUGUGUGUGUGUGUAGGUGGGUGGGGGUGUGUCUGAGACCUGAGACACAAGAGUGUUUUAUGAUCGGUUCGACUGGUUCCUUAUCUCUAACAGUCACGUGCUGUUCUGAUGCAUUCUACGCAGCCCUUCUCAAGCCGUCUGGUAUUGUCUUCCACGAGCAGUGGCCAGAGCACCCAGUGCUAACCGUGCUAACGAGCUAACGAGCCAUCUCCACUCUCCUCCAUAGCUUCCACAUCGAAAAGCUUUAAAACACAUGCUCACACAAGCGCUCUCUCUCUCUCUCUCACACAACACAUACACACUCACUCACAACACAUACACACUCACACACACUCACUCACACACACUCACACAUACACCUUCACAUCAUAUUAACUAGGGCUAAGGCUAGUGAUGUGUCCCAUCCAAAUUCAGUGCUAUGGCAGGACAAGGGUCCACUGGUGAACAUAUCCCCCUCUCCUCCUCUGUGGUCUCCAUGGCGUUAAAGGUGUCUGCCCCCCCCCUCUCACAUUGCUCCCAGCCUCAUAGGCCUGAUGCAGCGACAGUCCACCUAUUUAGAACCUGACCAGAGACUGAUGAUUCGUCCCCCAUCCUUCAUAAUCUGUUGUCGCAGGUCGCCAUCACAUAGCCUAACUUCUGCCCGGCGCUGAUUAGUGCAGUGAGACCCGGCCUGGGCGUCACACAGACCCCGCAGAAAAAAGAGAGAGGGGAAAAAAAAAAGAAUAUAUGCAUGAGCUCAAAAGUAUGAACACAUUUUGUAGCCAGAGAUACGGUGCUCACGCCAGAGCUAGAUGGUCAGGCUUGAAAGGAAAUGGCAAAUAAUGUGUGAGCUCAAUUUCCUGGGCAGUCAGGAGGAUAUCUGCUAUGCACAGAGUCAUUGUUAGAUUAUCGUCACCCACACAGCCCCUCCUAAAUCCUCGCGCAGAUUGGACAUCAACCAACAUGGAUCCUGUGCAAAUGCAGAGCAACACAAUUAGAUUCUCCUCCAUUUUUACACUGGGAAGCAGCACACAUGUGUUAUCAGAACUGAAUGACACUCUAGUCAGUAAAUGUCUCAGUGUUAGCCAGAAUGCGGUUGGCUGCACAGCACCGCAUCUCAUUCUCAUUCUUCUGGCUAACCCUAGCCUUCACAAAACACAAUGAUAUCCUUCUUCAGCUCACCACUCACUUAGCCUUUUUUAAAGGGAAAAAAACAAACAAACAAUAUUAUCCAAAUCAAAUAAGCACACUGAAGUGGUUAAAAAAAAAGAGCGGACAGGAAUCCGUGUGUGUGUGUGUGACAGGAGUGUUUAUGAUGGCCACACAUUAUUUUAGUGAAUACAGCCCAGAGCACAUAUAAAUAAUGAUUAUGAUUAUGUUGAACCCACUGAACCCGGCCAUGUUGUUCAGACAAGUCUUCAUGCUCGUAGACCUCCAGCUAAGAGAAGGCAGGACCGCUGACAUUCCAGGAAGUGGCUGAGAGUGCUGCCUCCUCUAAGGGGUCUGUUCACUCGCUGCUGAGGGAAAAAAGAAACAUCUGAAGAGGAUUUACUCAAAGUGCGUCAGAAACACCCCAUUUGUACGACAUUCCGACACACACACACACACACAGAAGCGCCUUCCCCCGACACUUCAGACCCAGUGUAAAACAGGAAAUCCAUUCUCUUCCUUCUAAAUAUUGAAUGGCGGCUCUGUGUGUCCCCCGUGACUGAGCUGAGCCGAGCCUGAGAGAAGGUGCUAGAAGGUGCUAGCAUCAGCACUGGCAUAACGAACCAGCCCUCUGAGGCAGAACAUCUGCAAAGUUACACAUAUCUCCGUGCCAAUGAUCUCCCCUGUCUGUGGACUUCACCAGGUCUAAGGUGUCCCUGUUCUACCCGCUUCAGGUCCCUACAGUAACUCUUCCUCAUCCUCGUCCUCCUCCACCUCUCAUUCUCCUCUCAUAGUUCCCUCCAGUGCAGUCUCUCCUCUAUCAUUGUUUUAUACAAAACAUGAUGUUUUCCUCCAAGCACAUUUAAUGACCUGCCUUUUCUUGUCACUUUUCCACCCACUCCAGAGCGGACCUGAGAGGUAGGCUGUACUUAUAUAGAGAGGACGCAUUUCAACAUGCAAGUUUUUCUUUUCAUUUUUUUUUCUUUUUUUUUGAUGCAUUGAGGUGUAUUUAAUGGUGUUGACAAACCAACAAUAAUGAAAAUGAUGCAUUCUUGUAGAAAUAUUUUUAAAAGACCCUUUUGCAAUUAAAUUAUUUAAGAAAUA